AUGGUGCGGGGGGCGCGCGCGCGGCUGGCGGCGGCGCUGGCCGUGGCCGCGCUGCUGCUGUGGGCAUGGCGUAGCGGCGCCGGGGGCGGCGGCGCGGGUCCUGGUGGCGGCGCAGCGGGGUUGGGCGGCAGGGUGGGCGGCGCGCCCGUGGAGGGCCGCGAGCUGCCGCUCAUCUUCAUCGGCGGCGUGCCGCGCUCGGGCACCACACUGAUGCGCGCCAUGCUGGACGCGCACCCCGACGUGCGCUGUGGUCAGGAGACGCGCGUGGUGCCGCGCAUCCUGCAGAUGCGCCAGCAUUGGAUGCGGUCGCAGAAGGAGAGCGUGCGUCUGGAACAGGCUGGCGUGUCCAAGGCGGUACUCGACAACGCCAUCGCCGCCUUCUGCCUUGAGGUGAUAGUGCGGCACGGCGAGCCCGCGCCGCGUCUCUGCAACAAGGACCCCCUAGUUCUUAAGAUGGGCACCUAUGUACUGGAACUCUUUCCGAAUGCUAAGUUUAUAUUUAUGGUGCGUGACGGGCGAGCCACAGUGCACUCCAUCAUCACGCGGAAGGUGACGAUAACGGGCUUCGACCUGACAAGCUACCGGCAGUGCCUGAGCAAGUGGAACCACGCGGUGGAGCUGAUGUACCAGCAGUGCAAGUCGCUGGGGCCGACGCGCUGCCUGCUGGUGCGGUACGAGGCGCUGGUGCUGGCGCCGGAGCGCACGCUGCGCCGCGUACUCGCCUUCCUCGACCUGCGCUGGGACGACGCCGUGCUGCACCACGAGCGCUACAUCAACCAGCCAAACGGAGUCGCGCUCUCUAACGUGGAGCGGUCGUCGGACCAGGUGGUGCGGCCCGUCAACCUGGACGCGCUUGACAAGUGGGUGGGGCAGAUCCCGGCCGACGUGCGCGCUGACAUGGCGGAGCUGGCGCCCAUGCUGUCCGUGCUGGGCUACGACCCCUGGGCCAACCCGCCGCGCUACUCCGAAGCGGCCGACGCGCCGCCCUCGCCGCCCGCCCCCGCCCCCGCCCGACCCGCCGCGCCCGCCGUGCCAGCCGCACCUGACGAAUCUCCCGAAGCGCCACAUCCGCCC